AUGAGCCAUACGCUUUUUUAUUUCAAUUACUGGCUCAUUUCCCAAACCGUUCAGGAUCCCGGCCCACCCACACACCUGAUAUCUUUUAUUCAGCGUCUCAUUAGCCUACCAAGGCCUCAAUUUAGAUUGCGGCCGAACUAUGCCUCCAAGCACAAGUUUGCUGCUGGCACUGAGGAUACAGAAACUGGGACAACUACCCAGUGGCUAGAUUGCCAGUUUGCAGGUCGGCAACUGCUCCUACAGAUGCAACUUUACUCUCCUGUGAUCCAAUCGUAUGAAACAUAA